AUGGCUGAAGAGAAAGUUAUCUUAUGUAUCCAAAAGAACUCGUUUGGAGAAAAAUCAAAAUUCCAGAAAAACUUGCCAGUUUUCUUCGAUGACAAGGGUUUGUUAAGAGUGAAGACCAGACUAGUUCUGAAUGACGACAGUGAAGAUUUCAAAUUGCCGAUUCUUUUACCUUCAGGUCAUCCUAUCGUCACACGUAUCAUUAUGGAACUUCAUGUUGCUAAUCAACACGCUGGACUUCAAUCAAUGUUAGUUAUAGUCAGAGAUAGGUUUUGGAUUCUAAAGGGUAGAAAAACCAUUCGCAAUGUUUUAUCUCACUGUGCUAAAUGCAAGAGAUUCAAGUCUAAAGCAGGAGAAGCACCAGUUGCUCCACUUCCCUUAGAACGGAUCACGGAAUGCAACGCUUUCCAGUCUACAGGCAUUGAUUUGGCAGGACCACUGUACCUAAGAAAUGGAGAAAGAGCAUGGGUGGUUUUAUUCACAUGUGCUGUGUACAGAGCUGUGCACUUAGAGCUGGUACAGUCUCUUUCAACGGAAUCCUUCAUAUCUGCUUUACGACGAUUUAUAUCCAGAAGAGGACGAAUUUCACUAAUUUACACAGACAAUGGGACCAAUUUUGUCGGUACAAAUAAUAUCCUUAAGCGGUUGGAUUGGAAAACCAUUUCUCGGAAAUUCGAGAUCCAACAAAUAACUUGGAAAUUCAAUCCUCCAAGUGCCCCAUGGUGGGGAGGUAUGUGGGAACGACUAGUGAGAAUGGUCAAGGAACUGUUGAGGAGAAAUCUAAGAUUGGCAAAAGUAGAUUAUGAAGAAUUAAUGACUCUUUUAUGUGAUUUAGAAUCUACCAUCAACUCAAGGCCUUUGACCUAUAUGAGUGAUGACUAUGACACUCUACAACCUCUCACACCUUCAGUAUUUCUACAACCAAUUGUUAAGAGUGACGUUCAUGAUUUGGACAUUGUCGACUCAACCACUCUAAACAAGCGAGUGAGGUAUCUUCAAAGCUUAAGACAAAAUUUGAGAUCAAGAUUUAAGAAAGAAUACCUUGCGAUGCUAGUACAUAGAUCUAAAGAAAACAGUGGUAAAGGAAGGAAGACAAUAAGUACUGGUGAUAUUGUACUAAUAGGUGACGAUAAUAUCAAAAGAAUAAAUUGGCCACUAGCACUAGUGUUGGAGACAAUACGAGGAAAGGAUGGAGUCUGCAGAGUAGCCAAGUUAAAAACAGCAAAAGGAGAACUAACAAGACCCAUCCAGAGACUUUACCCCAUGGAAAUAAAUUCAAAAGACAUGUCAAGGAAACAGGAUGCACAUAUUGAAGUGGAAGAUAAGUCAUCAACACCAACAGAAACAAGAAGAGGGAGAAAGAUAAAAAUCCCUAGGAAAAUGGACUUGUGA